AUGGGAGAUUUGCCCGAGUGUCGUGUUACUCCAUCGAGACCAUUUCUUAUAAGUGGAGUUGAUUUUGCAGGCCCUAUAGACGUACGUAUGAGCAAGGGCAGAGGAGCAAAAUCCUAUCGUGGCUACAUCGCAUUAUUUAUAUGCAUGGCUACAAAGGCUAUACACGUAGAGAUCGUGAGUGACAUGACCGUGGAUGCAUUCAUGGCUGCAUUCAGACGUUUCAUAUCAAGAAGAGGUCCAUGUAGAGAGAUGUGGAGCGAUAAUGGAACUACAUUCGUCGCUGCCAGUAAAGAAAUUUUAGAGAUGUGGCACCAAGGCAAGGCAUCGAUACCAAAAGAACUUGAAUCACUACUAGAUUCCAAAUCUACCAAAUGGCGUUAUAUUCCACCUGGAUCACCAAAUUUCGGAGGAUUAUGGGAGGCCGGAGUGAAAUCUAUAAAAUAUCACAUAAAGAGAACAAUAGGAGAGGCAACACUUACCUUCGAGGAGUUGUACACCGUCCUCGUCCAAAUCGAGGCGUGCCUAAAUUCGCGACCGCUCUCUCCCAUGAGUGAUCAUCCUGAUGAUUUUGAACCUUUAACCCCAGCAUAUUUUUUGGUUGGCGAAUGA